AUGAUCUCGAAGGAAAAGGAUUUACUUCAAAUUGAAGACCCGAAUCUUUGGUGCCCUACAGGAGAAAGGGUCCCUGUAAAAUGUAAGGUUUUAGUGAAAGUUUGUUUAGGGCAGGUUUCAACUAUAAUUCUGAUGUAUGUCGCUGAUAUCGUUGACGAAUGCCUAUUAGGGAUAGAUUUUCUCAAGGAGACUAAUUUUAAGGACAUUCUUGAGACAGCUUUAGGCCUUAAUCAUUUUUCAGGACAGAAUCCAAUAUCAUGCUCCCGUGUGACCAGCCUUUCGAGGGAGGCUCCUCUUCUCCUGAAGGAACUUUUUGAGAGUAGUUCGAGGGAAUUGGCUCAACCUCAGUCUGAGGCUCUUGUCGAGUUCUUGACUGAUUUUCAAGACACUUUUUCAGGAGAGAUUGUUGCAGGAAGCUGCGAUGUUGUGCAACAUUCUAUUGAUGUGGGAGAUUCUCUUCCCAUAAAGCAGUAUCCUCGUCGGAUUCCCCUUCAUCUACGAGAAGAAGUUGAUGGAGUGAUUGAAGAAAUGAGAAGCCAUGGAGUUAUUGAAGAGUCUCAUAGUCCUUGGGUUUCUCCUGCUGUUAUG